GCUGGAAACAAAGACGAAGAAACUUUCAAGAUUAUAUGGUGAUGAAGGAUUUAUGAUAUCAUCUGUAUUCAGAGAUGAGAGUGCAGUGAUUCUAACUGCUUUUUCUUUUAUUUAAGGGUCCACAUGGAGGCUGUACUUGCUUCAGUUAAAAAUGAUCUGAUGAACAAUGACACUGCUGCAGCAGUAGAAAAGAUUCAAAGAUAUUUAAAAGAACCAGAUAAUAUUCCACUAAAAAUCGCCAUCACAGGAGAAUCUAAAUCUGGUAAAUCCACCUUUGUUAGUGCCUUAAGAGGCAUAAAGAGCAUUGGUGAUGAAGAUGAAGGCGCUGCACCCACUGGUGUUACAGAAACCACCUCAGAGGUCACAGAGUACCUCCAUCCAAACUAUCCCAAUGUUACUUUAUGGGAUCUUCCUGGAAUCGGCACCACCAAGUUUCCAGCUAAGAAGUACCUGGAGCUUGUUGGAUUUGAGAACUUUGACGUCUUCAUCAUCGUCUCAGCUGAUCGCUUCAGAGAAAAUGACGUGAAACUUGCAAAGGAGAUUCAGAAGAUGAAGAAAAAGUUAUACUUUGUUCGCUCAAAGAUUGACAACAACAUACGUGAUGAGGAAAGAAAGAAAGACUUCAGUAAAGAGGAGACUCUUAGAAAAAUCAGAGACGACUCUGUUCAAGGUCUUCAGAAAGAAGGUUUUGAGUCUCCACAGGUCUUCCUGGUGUCCAGCUUUGAGCCUCACAUUUAUGAAUUCUCUAAAUUACAACAGACUUUAGAGAGAGAACUUCCUGCACACAAGAGUCUGCUGCGUGCCAUGUCCAACAUCAACCAGGAGAUCAUCAACAAGAAGAAAGAAGCUUUUCAGUCCAGAAUAAAAUACUACUCUCUGUCUGCAGCUGUAGCAGCUGUAGCAGCUGUUCCAGUUCCUGAGCUGUCUGUUAAUGUUGAUGACAGCAUGAUGCUUUCAGUUGUCACAGAUUAUGUAACUGGGUUUGGUCUUGAUAAGCAGUCUCUGGAGAAACGUGCUGCCAGCUCAGGUGUGUCAUAUGAUGAUUUGUGUGCUGUCAUCAAGUCAGAACUGGCUAAAAUACCUGCAGAGUUCUUCAAGAAAACGUUUAUCUCAGUUCAAGGUAAAGCUGCAUUAAUGGAAGCAGGGAAAGUAUCCAGAAAUUCUUUCCUAUUUGUAACUGCAGCAUCAAUGGGUAUCUCUUUUACAACAACCUACUUCACUCUGAGUUAUUUCCUCAUCUAGCUUUCUGAUGAUGCUCAGAGGGUGUUUAACAGAGCUCUGGGUGUGAACAUAUCAGUGUGAUUACUAUAAAGUAAAGUAGCUACUAGUUACAUUUUAAGCUGCAGUGUGCAAACAAGCUUUGAUUUUUUUUUAAACAAUUACAGAAUCAUUCACUGAUUUCAAUUUGACUCAUUUCAGUGAACAGUAAGCAUCCUGGUACAGCUGAUCUGUGUAUCAGAUGCCUCAGCAAGACUCAUUUCCUCUCAUCAGAGCAGAAACAACAUAGUAACUGUUUUCCCCUCAUCACAUUAAUACAGAAACAAGUGUGAUCUUAUUUUUCAUAAACUGUGUACUGUGGAGAAGAGCUACUGGAUUGAUGCUGUGAUGCUUUUUAAUUAUUUGGUUAAUUUUUAAUGUCAACAUUUUGUGCAAAUCAGAUCAAAUAAUGAAAUUGGUUUUGCUAUAUUAUAUCACCAUGCCGUAUCUUCCACCAUAAUAAAUACUGAGUUAUGCAGAAUGUAUGAUGUCAUGUGAUAAGCAGAGGUGUGUGGAACAGAAACUGCUCUGUGGUGUUUGUGUUGACUGUAUAUUGUGUUCACUGCCCUCCAGUGGUCGCAGUGAGGAGCUACAACAAUAAUAAUACAGUUAUGAACUCUGUUUAUCACCAUCAUUCUCUUAUUAUUAAUAAAGUGCAGCAUUAGCAUUAUUUAUGACCCUUAAAAAACAGAUUCCAAACAACACAUUAUAACACCGGGUGAGUUAUUCUAGUCUGUGUAUAUGUGUAGUAGACAAAAUAUUAGAAACACUGGUGAGCACCUAAACACUGAGCUUCAUCAUGAUUGGGUUAAAAGUAAAACACAAAAGUCCCCACACCAAUUUCUCAAUUUGUCAGAAUGCAUGUGGAUAAUACAAAUCUAUAACAACUGAAAACUAAACUGAAUGACUUUAAGAGCUUGUUCAGAAAAUGAU